AUGCAGAAUAAUAACCAGGAGAAGGAACAGGAAAAAGAAUUCACUUUUGUCGAAUACACCGAUGCAAAACUACCUACCGAUCCUGCCGUUCGCAAUGUGAUUCGACGACAUGCUAUGCGAAAUGUUGCGGAAACGAGACGUCAAAGAGAUAAUUACGGAAAAAUCGGUAUCAAACAACCUCCUAAAUGGAUCUUGAACACAAUUUUAAAAACUUCGAGCUCUUCUCAGACCUCUUCUUCAACAGAGGCAUCAUCUUCUAGCCGUGGCGAUGCACCAACGAGCGCUAUUACUUCCACCAGACGGGAAUAUCCAGCCGGCCUUCCAGCUUCACUGCCAAUAAGCAUUCCAGAAGCUACUUUGCCGAUAACUUUGCAAUUAUACAUCUGUUUCAAAGCCCAAUCAUCUCCCAAUCCGAGACUCGAGCUACAUGAAUCACAGCCUCCCCAGCGCAAAACUCUACUAUCUGUCAUUCCAUCCCGGUAUGGACACGUUUUACCAUUGACAUGUGCUGUAGAUUGCCUUGCAGCCCGUGUUCGACAAAUCACGCUCAAAGAUGAUGGCUUCUCAGAUGACCCGGAUUUGGAGGUCUAUCGUCUAUAUGACAAAGCAUUAAAGGCUCUCCAGGAAGCCCUUAAUGAUGUAGAGGAGUGGAAGACACCAGAAACACUUUGUGCCGCGGAAUUAUUAGGAUUCUUUGAGCUUUUAAAUGGAAGGGCAGAAACAGCGCAUUCUUGGACACAACAUGCUGCGGGCGUAGCUCAACUUAUACAACAUCAAGGGGCCGAUCACUUCCAGACAGACUUUGAGUUGGCUUUGAUUGCAGCCUACGUUGGCCCUCUUGUAAACGGACCGAAUCUCUUCAAGAAGAUUACCGAAAUGGUCCUGUCCCCAGAGCCGGUUCCACCCAGCGAUGUCCAAGAAGCUGUAGAAGGCCUCAUGGACGAUUUGCAGGAAAUACACGAAUGGCUGGGCAUGGAAUACGAUCUUCAUAAUACCAAUUAUCCUCCACAAAGUACAACCGGCAAUUUUUAUGCGUGGCAUAUGAACUUCCGGCAAUCCAUCAUCAGCUUGCAACAACCAAGGCACGCUAGCUGGCCAAUAUUACAAGGAGCAUGCAUAACAUCAUGGCUCACAAGAGCACGCCUUCUCACAGCGUUGGCACCCGCUCGGUUCCACGAUCUGGAGACGAUGUUGGAUAAUGGAGGCGACAGCGAGGGGGCGCCUAUUCAACACCCCAAUAUUGCUAUCGAGCAUCCCGUGUCGUAA